AUGCCUUCGAAGAAGCGAAAGCCUCCUACUCAGACGCAAUCUACUGCCCACCCAGAGACCCCUUACAAGAGAUGCAAUUUCACAAGGACUUCGGGCGAACAGACCUCCGAUCAUGCCUCUUUCAUCACUCUGUUCUGCCUUUCCCCCGUCGAAGUCGCCGAGAACAUGUUUCCUGAGGAACUACUGCAGAAGCAGAUACGGGUCGUGGUGGCAAGGCAUAAGAAACUUCGGAUUAUGGCAAUGUUACAGCGGCUGGUUGUGGUGUCGCGUGGGUUCCGUGAGAAUUUGAAGGCGGUUAGUCAGGAGCUAGAGAAGAGGAUAGCAAAGAUUGGAGAAACGAUUGCGCAGUACGAGAGCUAUGUUCAGACACAUUCGUUCUUGGUCAAGGAGAUGGUGCGUGAGCAAAGGCAGCGUGAAGGGGGAAAUGUGGCUGAGAUAGGUCCUGCACUUUCUUGA